AUGGUUUUCCAAGAUUUUGAUCUUCUAUCCGAGAGAAGAAGAUCAGAAAGGCAACAAAAACUUCGAAAGAAAAUUGCCAUUGCAGCAGUUUCAGGUAUUGCUUUCUUUGUUAUAGUUGGUGCUGGAGUUUUCGCCCUUGUCUCUAGUCACAAGAGCAGCCCAGGUAACAAUGGAGGAUCAGCUGUGCCUCAGCCUGAAGAAUCCGCAAAACCGAUAUCACGUGUCACCAGGGUUAUCAAAACGGUAUGUAAUGCUACCACUUACCAGGAGACAUGCCAAAAAACCCUCGAGAAGGAAGUGGAAAAGGACCCUUCUUCGGCUCAACCCAAAAAUCUUCUCAAGAUAGCAAUCAAAGCAGCCGACGAAGAGAUAAAAAAGGUUUUAAAGAAAGCCUCAUCCUUCAAAUUCGACGACCCACGGGAGAAAGCUGCAUUUGAAGAUUGUCUAGAACUCGUUGAGAAUGCUAAAGAAGAAUUGAAAGACUCUGUUGCCCAUGUUGGUGAUGAUCUGGGAAAGCUUGUUAAAAAUGCCCCGGACUUGAACAAUUGGCUGAGUGCGGUCAUGUCUUACCAACAAACUUGCAUUGAUGGAUUCCCUGAAGGAAAAUUGAAAUCUGACAUGGAAAAGACAUUUAAGGCAUCCAAGGAGUUCACCAGCAAUUCCCUUGCGAUGGUUUCAUCAUUAACUUCAUUCAUGAAAAAUUUUCCCUUUCCAGGAGCACUUAACCGUCGGCUUCUGGCAAAGGAAGACAAUUCACCCGCAUUGAACAAGGAUGACCUUCCUGGAUGGAUGAGUAAUGAGGAUCGCAGAAUAUUGAAGGGUGCUAGUAAAGACAAGCCAAAACCAAAUGUUACUGUGGCAAAAGAUGGUAGUGGUGACUUCAAAACAAUUUCCGAAGCAUUGGCGGCCAUGCCAGCAAAAUAUCAAGGACGGUAUGUUAUCUUUGUUAAACAGGGAAUUUACGAUGAGACCGUGACAGUAACAAAGAAGAUGGCGAACAUCACUAUCUACGGUGAUGGAUCACAAAAGACCAUUGUGACAGGGAACAAAAAUUUUGCUGACGGAGUUCAAACUUUCAGAACUGCAACUUUUGCGGUGUGAGGAGAUGGAUUUUUGUGCAAAACUAUGGGAUUCAGAAACACAGCAGGUCCAGAGAAACAUCAGGCUGUGGCUAUCAGAGUCCAAGCUGAUCGUGCAAUAUUCCUGAACUGUCGUUUUGAAGGAUACCAAGAUACCUUGUAUGCACAAACACACCGCCAAUUCUACAGAAGCUGUGUCAUUACCGGCACUGUUGAUUUCAUCUUUGGAGAUGCAGCUGCCAUCUUCCAAAACUGCCUUAUUACUGUCCGGAAACCAUUGGAAAACCAACAAAAUCUCAUUACGGCCCAGGGUAGGGUUGACGGACAUGAAACUACAGGAAUUGUUCUUCAAAAUUGUCGCAUCGAGCCAGACAAGGACUUGGUUCCUGUGAAGACCAAGAUCAGGAGUUACCUUGGAAGGCCCUGGAAAGAAUUUUCAAGAACUAUUAUCAUGGAAUCAACAAUUGGUGAUUUUAUUCACCCUGAUGGAUGGCUACCAUGGCAAGGAGAGUUUGGACUCAAAACUCUGUAUUAUGCAGAGUACAACAAUAAAGGAGCUGGUGCAAAGACAACUGCAAGGAUCAAGUGGCCUGGCUAUCAUAUCAUUAAUAAUGAAGAGGCCAUGAAAUUGACUGCUGAGCCUUUCUAUCAAGGGGAUUGGAUUAGUGCUACCGGCUCUCCUAUUCACCUUGGCUUGUUUUAA